GAGGAGAAGCUUCAACCAUGCCCAAGUCUAAGCGGGACAAGAAGGUUUCCUUAACUAAAACAGCCAAGAAAGGGCUGGAGGUGAAGCAGAAUCUCAUAGAAGAGCUGCGGAAAUGUGUCGACACCUACAAGUACAUCUAUGUGCUCUCUGUGGAGAAUAUGAGAAACAACAAACUGAAGGACGUCCGGAACGCAUGGAAGCACAGCAGGUUAUUCUUCGGGAAGAACAAGGUGAUGAUGGUGGCGCUGGGGAAAGGAGUCAGUGAUGAAUACAAGGAUAACUUGCACAAGCUGAGCAAGUGCCUGAAAGGCGAAGUCGGACUCCUGUUUACCAACCGGACAGAGAAAGAAGUGAAAGAGUGGUUUGAUCAGUUCAAGGACAUGGAUUUUGCCAGAGCUGGGAACAAAGCGACGUACGCAGUGGUACUGGAUGCUGGGCCCCUGGAACAGUUCACUCACUCAAUGGAACCGCAGUUAAGACAAUUGGGGCUCCCCACUGCUCUGAAAAAAGGAGUCAUCACGUUACUGUCAGACUACGAAGUAUGUAAAGAGGGGGAUGUAUUAACCCCCGAACAAGCCAGGAUUCUGAAGUUGUUCAGCUUCCAGAUGGCUGAGUUUAAAGUCUCCAUCAAAUCCAUUUGGACCGCGGAGACGGGCGAGUUCCAGAAGUUUGGGGAUGAGACGGAGGAGAAGAGCGAAGAGGAAGAUAUGGAUGAGGAAGAAGAGAAUAACGAUGCCUAGGAACACAAUCUCCGACCCCCCCAGCCCAGGGGUCCGGUUCUGGUUCAGAUUCAGGACACUUAUGCCGCUCCGGGACUGCUGAUACCGACAGCCAAUCCAAUAACAGAAUGUUCCUGUGUUUUAACAGAUGACAUUUUGCCCUAAAAUGCCUUCCAGUGGGCGUCGCCCUGCAGUGACUGGCGGUUUGUGUGGGUUACGGUCGCGGUGCCCUCGGCCCGUUUGACACCGGGUUUAGCGCUCACUCUGUUCCAAACACAAUCAGCUGCAUUUUAGGAAUAAAAUCAUGUGAUUUGGUAACAGAACAAGUUUCAGUUCUUGUGAAUUCCCCUCUUUGCUUCUUGUUAUUUAAAGGGGAUAUAAACCCUGUCGCUUAUUACACACAAUAUCAAUAAAAAAUGGAAACCA